AUGUCGACUGCGAUAGCCAAGAUCGCCGAGCUCGAGGCCGAGUAUGCCCGCACUCAAAAGAACAAGGCAACUAUGAAGCACUUGUGUCUACUCAAAGCCAAGAUUGCCAAGCUGCGACGCGAAAUUACGGACGCUGGCUCCAAGUCUGGCGGGGGCGGUACUGGUGAGGGUUUCGACGUCAACAAGGCUGGCGACACACGCGUGGGACUUGUAGGCUUUCCUUCUGUGGGAAAAUCGACGCUACUGACAAAACUUACCGGCACAUUUUCCGAGGCUGCUUCGUACGAAUUUACGACGCUAACGGCGAUUCCUGGCACGCUUAACUACCGUGGUGCGCGAAUUCAGAUCCUCGACUUGCCAGGUAUUAUCGAAGGCGCUAAAGACGGCAAGGGCCGCGGUCGACAGGUAAUUGGUACGGCUCGUACUUGUAAUGUGAUUCUUAUUGUGCUCGAUGCUAUGAAACCUGCUACGCACAAGAAGCUCAUUGAGUUCGAGCUAGAAGGCUUUGGUAUUCGCCUUAACAAGAAACCUGCCAACAUGGUUUUUCGUCGUAAGGAGCGAGGGGGUAUCAACUUCCAGACUACCGUUCCUCAGAGCGAGCUAGAUGCAGACACGAUAUACCAAAUUCUGCACGAAUACAAGAUUCACAAUGCUGACGUGACACUGCGCGCCGACGUGACGGUGGACGAAUUUAUUGACCAGAUAGAGGGUAACCGCGUGUAUAUUCCAUGCUUAUACGUUUUAAACAAAAUCGACCAGCUCACUAUUGAAGAGCUGACGAUCAUCGAUCAAAUCCCGCAUAAUGUCGUGAUCUCGGCUCACCAUGGAUGGAACCUGGACGAGUUACUGGAGACAAUUUGGGACUAUUGCCACAUGAUUCGCAUAUACACGAAACCUCGAGGCAGACUGCCUGAUUACAAUGCGCCUGUUAUUUUACACGAAGAAAAUCCGACUGUCGAGAACUUUUGUCAGCGAAUUCAUAAGUCGCUGCUGAAGGAAUUUAAAUACGCUUGGGUAUGGGGAGCAUCGUGCAAGCACCAGCCGCAGAAAGUAGGCAAGGAACAUCAGCUUCAAGACGAAGACAUUAAAAUCGAUUAUCACCAUCUUGGUAAUGUUUGGCGUAAAGAAUUAUUCAGGCGUCAAGGUAAAACUGGCAAGCCGCCACGUCGUUUAAGUUGCGUUUUUGCUAAAGCUGCACUUGUAGAAGAGGAGGAGUAG